CAGAAGCAAAAAAUACCCAAGACAAAACAGAGAAGUGUCAAAUCAAGUGAACAGCAAGUAAACUACAUGGAACUGAACUUUCCAAGGCCCUCUCACCUUCAGCACAGAAAACGGUUGUUUAGGAAAAAAAGAAAAGUGUUACACCACCGAUCUACAGCAUGGCAACUGGUGGCUGGGAGUCUAGGGAUCUUGUGUGUGGUCUGGAUGACAACAGUGGGUGCCUCGCUUGCAAACUAAUGUUCCUGUGAUCUUUGUUCAACCCACUGGAUUGGAUUUGGAAAUAGCUCUUAUCUUCUUUCCAAUAAAUCCAAAACCCGGGCGGAGAGCCAUGCUGCCUGUGCAGAGCUGAAUUCUCACCUUCUAAAGAUCGGUAUCAAGGAAGAGCUGAUUCUUGGAAAUGGAGAAUGAUGGUUGUCCAUAUAUCGAAGGAAAUUAUGUUUAUGCUUGUAACUGUUCAUCUGGGAAAACUUACGUCUCUAUAGCAGGCCUCUUUUAUGAGAGUAACCUGACCUCCCCACUAAAGGAUGCACAACUUUCUGGCCAACAGAAGGUAUGUGUCCCUCCUCUCCUGUCUCUCUACUAGACCACCUCACUUAGUGGGAAAUAACAAAUGUUAAAUGUAAUGCAAGUGAGGUACAAUUAAUAUACAACAAAAUCAAAGUAGAAUAUUGGUGUUUUUUUAAAAUAAUUCAGGGUAAAAAGCAACCAUAAAACAUGAAAUAUGUUGGAAGAUUUCUCAAAGUAUUCAAUUUAUUGUCUGUAGGAAGUUAGUUGCAUAUGCACUUGCAUAUUUGGGUUUAUAAAUCAAUAUACUAUUAAGUGAAACCCACAGACAUCAUGACAGGGAAGAAUUAGUUUGGGAUUUUAUAAUCAGUAGAAGGUGGGUUUUUUGUAUAAUAGUAUGUUAAUAUAUAUUUUGCUCAACCUUUAUAAAUAGAUUCUUGGAAAGGAAUUCAUUGCAUAACAAAAGCCAAACAUAAUUCCUCAUACGUGUACUUAGACUCAAUAAAAGCAGCCUGAUUUUAUAACAAAAAUCAGGAUGAGGUAGCUUCCUAAAUGCUAAUUUAAACUUAAUUGUAAGUAAUGAAAGAAUUUUUUAAAAAAUUGAACAAACACUGCAAAAAAAUGUACCAUGCUAAUUAAAGACACUCCUGCUUAAUAAAUUACUUAACAGGGUCUAACUGAUAUGAAUUAGAAAUAGUAACAUAGAAAUUGUGACUAAAAUAAUAAUUAAAACUGAUACUUGUUGAGAACUUAUAAGUGUCAAGUUGAGUGCUCAGUGUUACAUGCACUGUAUAUUACCUAUUCUUAUUUCCAUUUUAGAUUAGUAAGAUAGGUUACUAGAUACUAAAUAAUUUUUUAACAGUCACACUCUUGUAAGUUUCAAAGCCAUAGUUUAUUUCCAGGUCUUUCUGACUACAGCAUCCAUUGACUGAAUUAUUAAGUUAUGUUAUCUGGAUUUUUUUAUAAGUAAUUUUUAUAAGUAAUUACCAUCACUUAUACAACUAAAAUGACCUUUACUAACUUUGACACCUAUAGGAUCUUUCUGGAAGUUUGAAUUAACAGUGUUCUUCCAUAAAUUACUUAUAUUUGUUUAUUAUUUUGUGGGUUCAUAUCUUAGCCAUUAAGUCAAUUAUCGAUUACUUUUACAAACUAAGUAUUUUUUAGUCUUUUUCUGUUGUUUUAUUUUCAAUAUUGUCUAGGUUAUAUAUAAGUUUAGUGUAUCAUGUAACAUUUUCCAAUACAUGAAGUAUUUCCUCAAUUUUUAAUGUCUUCUCAGAACUCCUCAACCAUUCAAAAUAACGACCAUUUGGUAACACUUUUCAUAAGUAAAUGUAAGUCACCAAAUAAUGUAAUUUAGUGUAGGAGAUUGUUGUACAUGCCAACAUUACACUUUCCCCAUCUUUAAAAUACUCUAUCUUUAACCAUUACUGGAUUUCAAAAUUAUCAUAAAUAUAGGUGAAUCUCUCUUUUCUAAUAAAACAUUUUAAUUUUAAUACAAGCAUUAUAAUGGUGUUAAAAUAUUUCUGUGGAAUCUGACUAGGAUAUUAUUAGUCAUGAACUUCUUUACUCCUCCCUAAUUUAUUGCUUUUCAUUGUUUCAACCAAAAAUAUAUUGUCAAAUGUAGAAUAACUUAAAAAAAAAAGUAUUCUACCAUGAGACACUUGUUUAAAGCUCUAAGGAAUUUAGAACCAGGCCUUAAGAUUGUUCUACUGCGAAGUGAGCACUAGACUCUACCCCGCCCAUUUUACUGUACUAGGGAUCUCAUCUUACAUACACCAUUCAUUCCUAAGUACGCUUAGGGCACUGUCUGACAUAAUUCAGCUGCAGAGAUGAAUAACCAAGGAGUAACCUAUGCAGAACUGAAGGUAGCCAAGAACUCAAAGAGGCAGCAAAUAAAACCUAAGGGCACUAAAAGUUCCAUUUCAAUAACUGAGCAGGAAAUAACCUAUGCAGAAUCAAAUCUUCAAAAUGCUUCUCAGAAUCUUCGAGGGAAUGACAAGAACUACCACUGCAAAGAUUUACCAUCACCUCCAGAGAAGCUCAUUGCUGGGGUUCUGGGAAUCAUCUGCCUUGUUUUGAUGUCCAGUGUGGUAACAAUGAUAGUUUUUACUCCCUCUACUGCAAUACGGGAGCAGAAUAACUCCUCUCCGAUAAAAAGGCUCCAGAAAGAAUGUCAUUCUGGUCAUUGUCCAAAACAGUGGUUUACAUGUUCCAACAAUUGCUAUUGUAUUCAUUUGGAAAAAAAAACAUGGAAUGAGAGUGUGACGGCCUGUGCUGCUAAGAACUCUACUCUGCUUUAUAUAGAUAAUGAAGAAGAAAUGAAAUUCCUGAUGUCCCUAUCAAUUAUGUCAUGGAUUUCAGUCUUUCGUAAAGGCCGUGAUCAUCCAUGGAUGUGGCUAAAUGGUUCAACUUCCAAACUAAAUAUAACAGACCGAUCACCUGCUGAACAUAACUGUGCUCUGCUCUAUUCAGAUGGCAUUAAAUCAGACAGUUGUGAGCUUCCACAUACAUAUAAUUGCAAGGAUCAGCUCGAGAAAACAAUUACAGAAGGUUUCAACCGAGAUGGGGCCAAGAAAUUAUUUAUCCAUUACAAGCUCAGGCAACUGUGUCAAGCAGUAUCAGUUAGUUGCCAAGAUGGUGAUCUCUUCUCUUUCCCUCCCUGCUGA